AUGCGCUCGUCUGCUUCACAGCAUUGUUGCGAUGUCGAUGAAAUGAUGGUCUUCGAGGCGGUCUGCGAAUGCUACCUUGUGGUCGACAGAGCACAGACUGUUUCAAAGACUGAUCGAGCAGCGAUUGGACCUUUUUUGGCAGAUGGUAUCCGAGUGGCCAGGUUGGCGGCGCUCACACAUCUGCUGCAGUGCGGAUCUCGAAGAGGUCCACCUAUAGCGCAAUGGCUUUGCAACAUGAAGAGCGAUCCGAUAUCACUGGCCGGCGUCCAGGCAAGUGGGUUCUCUCGUUCUCCCAGCCGAGGUCAAGGUAUGCACGCUGCGACCGGUUUAGGCAUCGUAAAGCAUUGGUGGCGCCAAACAUCUGGAGUUCCCGGUUUCCUGACGAUGCCAACCAAUCUGCCGUCCCGUCGAAGCACGCGAGAUCUCGUCGGACAAUGGCAUCUGUCACUGCCAGAAGCCGUGGGUCUCAUUCGUGGCAUAUUGGACCUCAGGCUGUCACAAGUCUUUCGAUGA